AUGGAUUUGCCUGAACCGAUACAUGAUUUUCUUUUAGUCUUUCUGGGAUCGGGUCUUAUAUUAGGAAGUCUAGGAGUAAUAUUACUUACCAACCCAAUUUUUUCUGCUUUUUCGUUGGGACUGGUUCUUGUUUGUAUAUCUUUAGUCUAUAUUUUAUCAAACUCCCAUUUUGUAGCUGCAUCGCAGCUACUUAUUUACGUGGGCGCUAUAAAUGUUUUAAUCAUAUUUGCUGUAAUGUUCAUGAAUAGGUCAGAAUAUUACCAAGAUUUUCGUCUUUGGACCAUUGGGGAUGGAAUUACUUUGAUGGUUUGUACAAGUAUUUUUGUUUCACUAAUAACUACUAUUCCAGAUACAUCAUGGUACGGGAUUAUUUGGACUGUGAGACCAAAUCAGAUUAUAGAACAAGAUUUUAUAAGUACUAGUCAACAAAUUGGAAUUCAUUUAUCAACAGAUUUUUUUCUUCCAUUUGAACUCAUUUCCAUAAUUCUUUUAGCUGCUUUGAUAGGUGCAAUUGUUGUGGCUCGCCAGAGUUGGUCAAUGAUGUUCGAGCAUGUACUUAUUUUGAGUGCCUAUUUAUUUUCUAUGGGUAUCUAUGGAUUAAUCACGAGUCGAAAUAUGGUUAGAGCCCUUAUGUGUCUUGAACUUAUACUGAAUGCAGUUAAUAUAAAUUUCGUAACCUUUUCUGAUUUUUUUGAUAGUCGCCAAUUAAAAGGAAAUAUUUUUUCAAUUUUUGUUAUAGCUGUUGCAGCCGCUGAAGCAGCUAUCGGACCUGCUAUUGUUUCCUCAAUUUAUCGUAACAAAAAAUCAACCCGUAUGAAUCAAUUGAAUUUGUUGAAUAAAUAGUAUUGAUUA